UUCUGUGUACUCAAUAGUAAAUACAUACAGCAAUCUAAAUAAUUAUUAAAUUAUAUCAAAACAUGAGCUAUGGGUAUAUUUAUUUAAAUUAUUUCAGUUAUUGAUAUAUCGGACGUUGCCUUAAAAGUGUUAUUACUUUUAACCUAAUAAGUCUCUAUAAUAACUUUACUAGUUACAAUAUAUAUUUUAAAAUAUAAGAAUGUCAUCAGUAAGAACUUGUCCCGGAUUAUAUUGUGGUCGUACAGAGCUAGUAGAUAAUGCUUGGAGUGAUUGUGGUGCCUGCCCUCGAGGAUUUCGUACAAACACCUCCAGCUAUUGCGUGGAGUGUACCGAUGAGCCCACAUUAUAUGACUGGCAAUAUCUUGGUUUUAUGGUUCUUCUACCACUUGUGCUACAUUGGUUCUUUAUUGAUAUGGUUGCAACCGGAAAAAAAAAGUUAACAACUGUAACGCAGCACUUUUGUGCGCUAACUGAAAUUCUCUGUGGGACUUUAGCUGCAUUGUUGGUACUUCCUCCAGCAGGUUCACUUGCUUUGUAUGUGUGCACUCCAAAAGCCUUGUCUGACUGGUAUACCUUGUUGCAUAACCCUCAACCAGAUUAUAAGGAGACACUUCAUUGUACACAGGAAGCAGUGUAUCCUUUAUAUACAAUAGUUUUGCUUAUUUAUGCAUUCAGUUUACUCCUUACUGUAACUUUAAGGCCAAUACUUCUCAUUUGGCUGAAGAAUAACUCAGGCAAAAAGGCUAUUUACUGUGCCCUUUAUUUCUAUCCCAUUCUGGUUCUGACACACACAGUUGCUGCUGGAUUGAUAUAUUGUGCAUUCCCAUACAUUAUAAUAAUAAUAUCAAUGAUGACCUCAGCAUCUCACUUCUCAAUUAAGAUAGAUCAAUCUGCUCCAGCUCUUCUAAUAUCUUCAAUAAAGAACACUAGAAAUCUUAUAAUACUUUUAGGUCAUUGGACCAUACAUGCAUAUGGCAUUAUUUCUCUUACAGGAUUCAAAGAACUAUGGUACCUUACACUAGUCCCGGCACCAGCUUUGUUUUAUAUACUUACAGCACAGUUUUCAGAUCCUUUGAAAAUUCAUAAUGAUUGACUAGUACAAAGCACUUUAGAAAAAAUGGUGCUAUUUUGAUGUUUAACAAGUCAAACGAGUGACGGACUUGAUGAAUGGCAAUGAUUAGUGAAAUGUGAAGAAAUAAAGGAAGAUGAUUAAGGUCCAAUUACAUCUAGUUUCCUUAUGUGAGCAAGAUUUUAUAACAGGCAAAUUGCUUUCACAACAUACAUGUGAAAGUGCAAUAAUCCACAAGAUAGGAUGGGACAUUCUUGAAAGUCUUAGACAUUCAUGAGGUUUUACUCAUAGCGUUUUGGUCAUAUACGAACUAUAGGCUUAAGAGUUUUCAUAAAAAUUAUGAUAACUGAUAUUAUGAUAAAGUUAAUUUAUAAUCUAUCACAUUUUUUUUUUUAUGUCAUAAAAUUUAGUUAAAUCACAGGAAUUGGCUAAUUUGUGAAUGUGUAUAAAAAAAUGCAUAAAUUCUCCAAUAAAUAGUGCAAUCACAUUUGUCUAAAAGCUUCAUAAAUUAUUUAAAUAUAAAUGUUAUUACAGUAUUGUUUUGUCUUUGUCUAUUAAAUUGUGUUUACGCUGUGUUGAAAAGAUACAGUAUGGCUUUGACAUUAACUAAGUUUAGUGGGAUGUUUUAAAGUGAUGUGUGGUAUCUUGGAUCUCUUUUUAACGUUAUAGACUUACAGAAAAAAAACAAUAAUAAUUAGGCAGCACUCUCUACGCGCGCCCUUUGAAGUAAAGGAGGAAUAAUUGCACUGUUUGAAACAGUACUCACGUCGUCAACUACGAAAUAUAUUUACUGUAUGGAGAAUGUUGUUAAGGGUGACCGAGUCUAUUAAUAUGUAAAUGGCUAUCUAUAUAAUUGUUAAUUGAAAAAAAAAUGUAUUUAAUAUUAUGUUAAAAUAAAAGUAUGAG